AUGAUAGCAAGCCAAGACAUGACUGACAAGACCUCUCACGACAUGAGUGUUCGAGACACGAUAGCACUGUUUACCGAGCACCGGGAACAACCCAGUUCAAGACAAGCAGCUUCACCGUUGAACCAAAUUGGUACACCAGAGGAUGGGUUGAACCAAGUUGGUUCAUCAGAGGAUAGGUUGAACCAAGUUGGUACACCAGAGGAUAGGUUGAACCAAGUUGGUACACCAGAGGAUAGGUUGAACAAAAUUGGUACACCAGAGGAUGGGUUGAACCAAAUUGGUACAGCAGAGCAUAGGUUGAACCAAGUUGGUUCACCACUACGGCUGUCUCCCUCUUACUCUGCGCACCAGCGGGCCAGACACGCGUCAAGCCUUGUUGUCAUACAUUUGUGCAACUUAUAUGACCUUGGCCACCCUGGCUGUAACACGCCUGACCUUGGCCACCCUCGCUGCAACACCCCUGACCUUGGCCUCCCUCGCUGCAACACCCCUGACCUUGGCCACCCUCGCUGCAACACUCCUGACCUUGGCCACCCUGGCUGUAACACCCCUGACCUUGGCCACCCUCGCUGCAACACCUCUGACCUUGGCCACACUGGCUGUAACACCCCUGACCUUGGCCACCCUGGCUGUAACACCCCUGACCUUGGCCACCCUCGCUGCAACACCUCUGACCUUGGCCACCCUGGCUGUAACACCCCUGACCUUGGCCACCCUCGCUGCAACACCUCUGACCUUGGCCACCCUGGCUGUAACACCCCUGACCUUGGCCACCCUCGCUGUAACACCCCUGACCUUGGCCACCCUGGCUGCAACACCCCUGACCUUGGCCACCCUCGCUGCAACACUACUGACCUUGGCCACCCUCGCUGCAACACUACUGACCUUGGCCACCCUGGCUGUAACACCCCUGACCUUGGCCACCCUCGCUGCAACACUACUGACCUUGGCCACCCUGGCUGCAACACCCCUGACCUUGGCCACCCUCGCUGCAACACUACUGACCUUGGCCACCCUCGCUGCAACACUACUGACCUUGGCCACCCUGGCUGCAACACCCCUGACCUUGGCCACCCUCGCUGCAACAUCCCUGACCUUGGCCACCCUCGCUGCAACAUCCCUGACCUUGGCCACCCUCGCUGCAACACUACUAACCUUGGCCACCCUCGCUGCAACACUACUGACCUUGGCCACCCUCGCUGCAACACUACUAACCUUGGCCACCCUCGCUGCAACAUCCCUGACCUUGGCCACCCUCGCUGCAACACUACUAACCUUGGCCACCCUCGCUGCAACACUACUGCCCUUGGCCACCCUCGCUGCAACUCUACUUCCCUUGGCCACCCUCGCUGCAACACUACUGACCUUGGCCACCCUCACUGCAACACUCCUGACCUUGGCCACCCUCGCUGUAACACUACUGACCUUGGCCACCCUCGCUGCAACACCCCUGACCUUGGCCACCCUCGCUGCAACACUACUGACCUUGGCCACCCUCGCUGCAACACUCCUGACCUUGGCCACCCUCGCUGCAACACUACUAACCUUGGCCACCCUGCUGCAACACCCCUGACCUUGGCCACCCUCGCUGCAACACCCCUGACCUUGGCCACCCUCGCUGCAACACUACUGACCUUGGCCACCCUCGCUGCAACACUACUGACCUUGGCCACCCUCGCUGCAACACUACUGACCUUGGCCACCCUCGCUGCAACACUCCUGACCUUGGCCACCCUCGCUGCAACACUACUGACCUUGGCCACCCUCGCUGCAACACUACUGACCUUGGCCACCCUCGCUGCAACACUCCUGACCUUGGCCACCCUCGCUGCAACACUACUGACCUUGGCCACCCUCGCUGCAACACUACUGACCUUGGCCACCCUCGCUGCAACACCCCUGACCUUGGUCACCCUCGCUGCAACACUCCUGACCUUGGCCACCCUGGCUGUAACACCCCUGACCUUGGCCACCCUCGCUGCAACACCCCUGACCUUGGCCACCCUCGCUGCAACACUCCUGACCUUGGCCACCCUCGCUGCAACACCCCUGACCUUGGCCACCCUCGCUGCAACACUCCUGACCUUGGCCACCCUCGCUGCAACACUCCUGACCUUGGCCACCUUCGCUGCAACACCCCUGACCUUGGCCACCCUCGCUGCAACACCCCUCACCUUGGCCACCCUCGCUGCAACACUCCUGACCUUGGCCACCCUCGCUGCAACACCCCUGACCUUGGCCACCCUCGCUGUAACACUACUGACCUUGGCCACCCUCGCUGUAACACUCCUGACCUUGGCCACCCUCGCUGCAACACUACUGACCUUGGCCACCCUCGCUGCAACACUACUGACCUUGGCCACCCUCGCUGCAACACUCCUGACCUUGGCCACCCUCGCUGCAACACUACUGACCUUGGCCACCCUCGCUGCAACACCCCUGACCUUGGCCACCCUCGCUGCAACACUACUGACCUUGGCCACCCUCGCUGCAACACUACUGACCUUGGCCACCCUCGCUGCAACACCCCUGACCUUGGCCACCCUCGCUGCAACACCCCUGACCUUGGCCACCCUCGCUGCAACACUCCUGACCUUGGCCACCCUCGCUGCAACACUACUGACCUUGGCCACCCUCGCUGCAACACUCCUGACCUUGGCCACCCUCGCUGCAACACUACUGACCUUGGCCACCCUCGCUGCAACACCACUGACCUUGGCCACCCUCGCUGCAACACUACUGACCUUGGCCACCCUCGCUGCAACACUACUGACCUUGGCCACCCUCGCUGCAACACCCCUGACCUUGGCCACCCUCGCUGCAACACCCCUGACCUUGGCCACCCUCGCUGCAACACUACUGACCUUGGCCACCCUCGCUGCAACACUACUGACCUUGGCCACCCUCGCUGCAACACUCCUGACCUUGGCCACCCUCGCUGCAACACUACUGACCUUGGCCACCCUCGCUGCAACACCACUGACCUUGGCCACCCUCGCUGCAACACUACUGACCUUGGCCACCCUCGCUGCAACACUACUAACCUUGGCCACCCUCGCUGCAACACUACUGACCUUGGCCACCCUCGCUGCAACACUACUAACCUUGGCCACCCUCGCUGCAACACUACUGACCUUGGCCACCCUCGCUGCAACACUCCUGACCUUGGCCACCCUCGCUGUAACACUACUGACCUUGGCCACCCUCGCUGCAACACCCCUGACCUUGGCCACCCUCGCUGCAACACUACUGACCUUGGCCACCCUCGCUGCAACACUCCUGACCUUGGCCACCCUCGCUGCAACACUACUAACCUUGGCCACCCUGCUGCAACACCCCUGA